ACAUGUUACUUCCUGUAUGGAGGCAUGGCCAGUUUCCAGCCCCGCGCUCCGCGUUCCUUCCCAGCCUGCGCCCGAGCCACAACUUUCAGGAGCAUGGACUGAAGGCGCCCUCGCCCCAGCACCCCUCUGAGAUCCUUUGUGUUUUGCUCUGUUUCCUCCGGCCGUUUCUAUUUUUGGGGGCUCUUCGCUUCCCCCGCCACUUCCCUCCCCUUCCCCGAUUGCAAACAUGCCUCCUUCCUUCCCGGGGCCCUGGAAGGAGCUGCCAGCCUGAAGCCCGGAGACGCCGUUCCGUGAUCAGUCCCGCCGCCGCCCGCCGGUUCUUGCGCUGCCGAAUCAAGUUGGGGAUUCUCGGCUGCUCACCCUCGCCACUGCCGCCUGUGGUCCCUGCCUGCCCCGAACUCGGGUCAUCGUCACCGCCCGCCGACUCCUCGCCCUGCCUGCUCUGCUUGAUCCUUUUUGAACGGCAAGAAAUCCUUCUCCGCCGAGAGGAUUGUCCCCAGCGUGGCUGCGCGUUCCUGGUUACUUUUUGAGAUUUUCCGGGGGGCGUUUGGAGGCUUCCUGGCUUUCAGAGGAGACUCGGGUUGCCGAGCGCGGGGGUCCAGUGAAGCAGGCGAACAGGGGAAGCGCCUGGUUUUAGCGGAGGCUCGUACAGAGGCAAGAACUUAUUCAACAAGUUUACCCCCCUGCCUUUCUCUUUUCGAUGUGCGUUUUCGGACAUGCGGAGGUUACUGGAACCGUGUUGGUGGAUUUUGUUCCUGAAAAUCACCAGUUCCGUGCUUCAUUAUGUCGUGUGCUUUCCCGCGUUAACAGAAGGCUAUGUUGGGACCCUGCACGAGAACAGACACGGCAGCUCAGUGCAGAUCCGCAGGCGCAAGGCUUCUGGCGACCCGUACUGGGCCUACUCUGGUGCCUAUGGUCCUGAACACUGGGUCACAUCCAGUGUCAGCUGUGGUGGCCGUCACCAGUCUCCUAUAGACAUUCUGGACCAUCAUGCACGUGUUGGCGAUGAGUACCAGGAACUGCAGCUCGACGGCUUUGACAAUGAGUCCUCUAACAAAACCUGGAUGAAGAACACAGGGAAAACAGUGGCCAUUCUUCUGAAAGAUGACUAUUUUGUCAGUGGUGCCGGGCUGCCUGGAAGAUUCAAAGCUGAGAAGGUGGAGUUUCACUGGGGCCACAGCAAUGGCUCUGCAGGCUCUGAACACAGCAUCAAUGGCAGGAGGUUUCCUGUGGAGAUGCAGAUUUUCUUUUACAAUCCAGACGACUUUGACAGCUUUCAAACUGCAAUUUCUGAAAACAGAAUCAUCGGAGCCAUGGCUGUAUUUUUUCAAGUCAGUCCGAGGGACAAUUCCGCACUGGAUCCUAUUAUCCAUGGGUUGAAGGGUGUCGUCCAUCAUGAGAAGGAAACCUUUCUGGACCCUUUUGUCCUCCGAGACCUCCUGCCUGCAUCCCUGGGCAGCUAUUACCGCUACACAGGUUCUUUGACCACGCCGCCGUGUAGUGAAAUUGUGGAGUGGAUUGUCUUCCGGAGGCCUGUGCCCAUCUCCUAUCACCAGCUUGAGGCUUUCUAUUCCAUUUUCACCACGGAGCAACAAGACCACGUCAAGUCGGUGGAGUAUCUCAGAAAUAACUUUCGACCACAGCAGGGUCUGAAUGACAGAGUGGUGUCUAAGUCCGCCGUCCGUGAUGCGUGGAACCAUGACAUGACAGACUUCUUAGAAAACCCACUGGGGACGGAAGCCUCUAAAGUGUGCAGCUCCCCGCCCAUCCACAUGAAGGUACAGCCCCUGAACCAGACAGCGCUGCAGGUGUCCUGGAGCCAACCGGAGACCAUCUACCACCCGCCCAUCAUGAACUACAUGGUCUCCUACAGCUGGACCAAGAACGAGGACGAAAAGGAGAAGACGUUUACCAAGGACAGCGACAAAGACCUGAAAGCCACCAUUAGCCAUGUCUCACCUGAUAGCCUUUACCUGUUCCGCGUCCAAGCAGUGUGCCGAAACGACAUGCGCAGUGACUUCAGCCAGACGAUGCUCUUUCAAGCUAAUACCACUCGAAUAUUCCAAGGGACCAGAAUUGUUAAAACAGGAGUGCCCACAGCUUCUCCUGCUUCAUCUGCUGACAUGGCCCCCAUCAGUUCGGGGUCCUCCACCUGGACAUCCUCCGGCAUCCCCUUCUCCUUUGUUUCCAUGGCAACUGGGAUGGGUCCUUCUUCCAGCGGCAGCCAGGCAACAGUGGCCUCGGUGGUCACCAGCACGCUCCUCGCCGGCCUGGGCUUCAGCGGCGGGGGUAUCCCUUCCUUCCCCAGCACAGUGUGGCCCACGCGCCUCCCGACGGCCGCCUCGGCCAACAAACAGGCCGUGCGGCCCGUUCUCGCUACAACAGAGGCCUUGGCAUCCCCAGGGCCAGAUGGAGACUCGGCACCAACCAAGGACAGUGAGGGCACCGAAGAAGGAGAGAAGGAUGAGAAAAGUGAGAGCGAGGAUGGAGAACGAGAACACGAGGAGGAGGGGGAGAAGGACUCAGAGAAGAAGGAGAAGAAUGGGGUGACGCGCGCCGCUGCUGCUGAGGAGCAAAACGGGACGGAGCCCACCCCCAUGCCCUCCUCCCCCAACAGAACUGCAGAGGAUGGGGGGCAUCAGACUAUAGCUGGGCACGCGCCGAACCACACGGCGGGCCCCACAGACCGGCAGGACGCAGCGAGGGGUGCCCGCCCAGGCCUCAUCCUGGACUCAGCCACUUCCACCCAAGUGCCGCCCACAGUCACAGAGGAACAUUCCGCAGGGAGUGAUCCCAGGAGACCCGGAACACCGUCUAAAAAGCCUGUGUCCCGAGGGGACCGAGUUUCCGAGGAUAGCAAAUUUAUCACUGUUAAUCCAGCAGAAAAGAACACCUCUGGAAUGAUAAGCCGUCCUGCUCCAGGGAGGAUGGAGUGGAUCAUCCCUCUGAUUGUGGUAUCAGCCUUGACCUUCGUGUGCCUCAUCCUUCUGAUUGUUGUGCUAAUUUACUGGAGAAGGUGUAACAAAAUAAAGUCCAAGGGCUUUCCCAGACGUUUCCAUGAAGUGCCUUCUUCUGGGGAGAGAGGAGAGAAGGGGAGCAGAAAAUGUUUCCAGACAGCUCACUUCUAUGUGGAAGAUAGCAGUUCACCUCGGGUGGUCCCCAAUGAAAGUAUUCCUAUUAUUCCUAUUCCAGAUGACAUGGAAGCUAUUCCUGUCAAACAGUUUGUUAAACACAUUGGGGAGCUCUAUUCUAAUAACCAGCAUGGGUUCUCCGAGGAUUUUGAGGAAGUCCAGCGCUGUACAGCUGAUAUGAACAUCACUGCAGAACAUUCCAACCAUCCAGAUAACAAGCACAAAAAUAGAUACAUCAACAUUUUAGCAUAUGAUCACAGUAGGGUGAAGUUAAGACCUUUACCAGGAAAAGACUCUAAGCACAGCGACUACAUUAAUGCAAACUAUGUUGAUGGUUACAACAAAGCAAAAGCCUACAUCGCCACCCAGGGACCUUUAAAGUCGACAUUUGAAGAUUUCUGGAGGAUGAUUUGGGAACAAAACACUGGAAUCAUUAUCAUGAUUACGAACCUUGUGGAAAAAGGAAGACGAAAAUGCGAUCAGUAUUGGCCAACAGAGAAUAGUGAAGAGUAUGGGAACAUUAUUGUCACACUGAAGAGCACAAAAGUACAUGCCUGCUAUACCGUUCGUCGUUUCUCAGUCAGAAAUACGAAAGUGAAGAAGGGUCAGAAGGGAAAUCCCAAGGGCCGUCAGAAUGAAAGAAUAGUGAUCCAGUAUCACUACACACAGUGGCCAGACAUGGGUGUCCCCGAGUAUGCCCUCCCAGUCCUGACCUUCGUGAGGAGAUCCUCAGCAGCCCGGACACCGGACAUGGGGCCUGUGUUGGUUCACUGCAGUGCCGGAGUGGGCAGGACAGGCACCUACAUUGUGAUAGACAGCAUGCUGCAACAGAUCAAAGACAAAAGCACAGUCAAUGUCCUGGGAUUCCUUAAACACAUCAGGACGCAGCGUAACUACCUCGUCCAGACAGAGGAACAGUACAUUUUCAUCCAUGAUGCCUUGUUGGAAGCCAUUCUUGGAAAGGAGACUGAAGUAUCUUCAAAUCAGCUGCAUAGUUAUGUUAACAGCAUCCUUAUACCUGGAUUAGGAGGAAAGACACGCCUGGAAAAACAGUUCAAGCUGGUCACACAAUGUAAUGCAAAGUAUGUGGAAUGCUUCAGUGCUCAGAAAGAGUGUAACAAAGAAAAGAACAGAAAUUCUUCAGUCGUGCCGUCUGAGCGCGCUCGAGUGGGUCUUGCCCCGUUGCCUGGAAUGAAAGGAACAGAUUACAUUAAUGCUUCUUAUAUCAUGGGCUAUUAUAGGAGCAAUGAAUUUAUUAUAACCCAGCAUCCUCUGCCACAUACUACGAAGGAUUUCUGGCGAAUGAUUUGGGAUCAUAAUGCACAGAUCAUUGUCAUGCUGCCAGACAACCAGAGCUUGGCAGAAGAUGAGUUUGUGUACUGGCCAAGUCGGGAGGAAUCUAUGAACUGUGAGGCCUUCACUGUCACCCUUAUCAGUAAAGACAGACUGUGCCUCUCUAAUGAAGAACAAAUUAUCAUCCAUGACUUUAUCCUUGAAGCUACACAGGAUGACUACGUCCUAGAAGUUCGGCACUUUCAGUGCCCCAAAUGGCCUAACCCAGAUGCCCCCAUAAGCAGCACCUUUGAGCUUAUCAACGUUAUCAAGGAAGAGGCCUUAACAAGGGAUGGGCCCACCAUUGUUCAUGAUGAGUAUGGAGCAGUUUCAGCAGGAAUGUUAUGUGCCCUUACCACCCUGUCCCAACAACUGGAGAAUGAAAAUGCUGUGGAUGUUUUUCAGGUUGCAAAAAUGAUCAAUCUUAUGAGACCUGGAGUAUUCACAGACAUUGAACAAUACCAGUUUGUGUAUAAAGCAAUGCUCAGCUUGGUCAGCACUAAAGAAAAUGGAACCGGUCCCAUGGCAGUGGACAAAAAUGGUGCUGUUCUCAUUGCAGAGGAGUCCGACCCUGCAGAGAGCAUGGAGUCUCUAGUGUGAUUGGAAUCCUGAAAGGGCACCGGAUUUGUAAAACUUCUGAAGACUGAGAACUUUUUUGAGGCCUUUUUUGCCAGACUCUAGGUUAUACAAUAACCCAGUUACUUUUUUACACUGAUAAAAGUUUUGAUAUUUAUUUUUUGCCAUUUUAUGUCUUAAUGGUAUCCUACUGAGCAUUUGCACCUCUGUUCAUUUCACACAGUGAAACGCAGUUUUACCUAGUUUGCACUAUAUGAUCAGUGUUACUGCCUAUAAUCGAAUACUACAGCAAACCCUGAUGUGACAUUCCAUGACAGCACACAUGCUACUUUUUAGUUCAGUAUACAGUGAAGGUCUCUGUUAUGACAGUGAAUUUUGAUUUUGUUGUUUUAUUAUUAUUAUUAUUAUUAUUGCUAAAGCAGUUGCAUCCUUCUAGCGGGCAAUGCUGUCCUUUUCCUCAGUCCUCCUCUCCUGUGUUUUAAGGCACUGUUCAAUACUGUAUGCCUUCUGUGUUUUCAUGGAGUGGAUGAGCAUUGUUUUCUUUAACAAAAUAGCAGGCUACUGGAUGCUAUUAAAAAGGUCUGUCAACCUCAGGGCCUUGAGACAGUUCCAUUUAUGAUGGCUAAGACAUCCAUUCAACAAGUAGAAGGCACAAGAGUUGCUUCAUGUGAACAUCAUUUAUUAGUUACAAGGUUAUAUUCACAGCUUAAAAAAAAAUGCCCAAUUGUGUCAAAAUAAAGGAUAACUCUGUAUUACAGUUUUCACAGUAGCUACGUGAACAGUGUGUGUUAUUUCUGUUUUGACUCUCUGAAAUAGCUACACCCGAAAAUCAGGGCUAUCUUUUACAAUAGAAAGAUGGCAAUAUUUUACACAGCUCAGCUAUGAAACUCUCUGAGUUACUCUCCAUUACUGUGUCUUGGUUUUCAAGACCAUACACUUCAUGGUAGGUGGAAGAAUGAAAAACUUUCAGGUGUGUGAUUUUGAACCUAGCCCUCUAAAAAAUCCUUAUUACUCGUUUAGCAAUCUAAUAAAAACUACCUAUAUAGUUAACAUUCUUUUCUUUCCUUUUUUGCCAAAUGUUUCAUGACAAGUCUUUUAGUAUUUUAGAUUCAAUUGAAAAUACUGUAUUAGCAAAAUAUUGGGUCUGUCCAAACUCCUCCACAUGGAUAAAACUGAUUUGAAGAAAGUUAGCAUAGUGAGUAACAGGUGGUAUCUAUGUCUCAAGUUCUUUUGAAGAGACACUGCUUGGUAGUUCUGUGUAGGUUAGCCUCAUGAACAGAAACACUUCAGUAAAAUACUGCACUCCAUUACAUUUCAGAGGACCCCAGGAAGCUAGUUGGUCCAGCCUGUAGAGCCAUAUCAUCCUGCAGUACAUAAUGGGAUCGGAAGCAUUAAUAAGAUAUUU